AUGAGAAAACUCUUAGAAGCUCCUGAAAAUUCCACUGAAAAGACUGUUCCAGAUCGAUGUAUCCUUCCCCUUGGCCAUGGAAUACCAAUCGUUAUUAUCAACUAUGUUCUUGUUUUCGUUGGRACGUUUGGUAAUUUCCUUAUCAUACGAGCUGUGCUCAUCACGCCAAAGUUAAGRAACAAAAUCUCAAACUUUCUUCUUCUGAGCCUGGCCGUUGCGGAUUUGUUCGUCACAAUGUGUGCUCAGCCCUUGCAUGCAACAUCUGUGGCGUUCACGACAUUUUGUCAUUUUUGCAUCCCUGAGAUCGACUAUGCUUACGAUAUUGCAGGAAACUUUUCGUGUUUUUGUUCGUUGUUUCAUCUGGCGUCGAUAAGUGUUGAUAGAGCUCUAGUGGUAUCCAAACCACAUCGGCACCAGGUGAUUAUGAAAAGUUAUGGCUUAAAGGCGAUGCUAGUGAUCUGUUGGGGGACGGCUGUGGUUUUUGUUUGYCUUCGAGUUCCUUUUCCUUCAACCUUGAUGCUGUCCAUUGCACUAAUAGUCUUCAACUACAUGAUCAUCAUUGGAUCCUACGCUCAAAUUCUCAACCAAAUCAGAAAAGAAAAAGUGAACAGCARAGACCCCGCAGCUGUUCUGUCCCCUGCCUCGCGGGACGCCCGCAUGGAGAAACGCGUCGCGGGAACCAUUGCUAUUAUAAUCCUCUUCUUCUCUCUGUGUUGGUUUCCUUUACUUGGAUUUUAUUCAACUGUAAAGAACGCUGUUUUAAGAGAGCUUGGAGGUGCUACAUACAUGUGGAUUCGAACCCUUGUAUUAUCGAACUCCUCAAUGAAUUUCAUUGUCUACAGCUGUCGCAUUGAUCAUUUUCGCGUUGCUUACCUGAGAAUUAUAAACCGUAUWCUCCGUAGACCGAGAAGAGCUUUACGAGGUGCUAAGUGUAAUCCUGCUUUCGACAUUUCGUGUACAAGCAAGGAUGACAGUUGCUGUAAUGGCGAUAAGGACGUUAAAAGAACCGUGUCCUCGAGAUCCAUUAAUACAUCGAGAAGAGCUAAGGAACUGUCAAGUGUUGGAGAUCAAAGUCUUUAUAAUAACUUCCCCCUUGAGCUGGAACCUCCUCGUGGAAAUUACUUUGAUAUCAGGCAAAAUGAUCUCCACGAUUCGUGUGAUAAGAGGGUUUGA